GGAGUAAAGCCAAAGACUGAAAAGUCAUGACUCGUCUCAGACGUUAACGCAACUGACAGUUCUCAUUGACUAUUGAUAUGCUUUACCAAGUCUUGGUCUUCGUCUUCGUCUUCGUCUUCAUCACUCCACCAUCUUAUACGCAAUACAUCGAACAUGUUGUGUACAAACACAAAUUCACACCAUGAAGCUUCCCAACUAUCUGAUUCUCUCUCUACUCCACUUUCUCAUCAUCAUCACUACUGCUUCAUACGGUUCCAAAUGCCUACAAUCCCACCCUUGGGGAAACCUCACAUUUCCGUGCACCGAUUUCCAAAAACCAGAAUGCGGAUUAUUCAGGGUUCAUGGCUACAAUACUCCACAUUCAGAUCGAAAAAUUCAACUAGAAUAUGAAGGUCCUCUUUUUGAUCUGAUUCGUAUUUCCGGGGACAUCAUAUCAAUUCACGAUCCCAAGCUGGCAAAGCUCUUGAGCGAACAGAGAUAUUCCGAUCACAGAAAUUUACUUCUCCCUCAAUCUCUGCUCACACCUGAUGAGUUUACACUUAUGUUUAAUGUUUCUUCUAAUUGUUUUGAAUGUUACUUUGGCGGAGGGCAGCGUUUUAGUAACUCCUUUGACGAGUUCUACUGUAAUAAAGACAGACACAGAAAUAAGGUGGUGCUGAUAGUAGCUAUAUCUGCAGGUGGACUAUUGUUUCUUCUAUGCUUGUUGGUCUCCUACAUGAUCUGGCUGUUGAAGAGAAGGGCCCGUAGGGGGGGCUACCUUCGCGCCUCUAAAAUGUCUCUCGAGACCUCAAAAUCGGACAUCAAUGGUGCAAGCUCCUUCUUUGGCAUCCCCAUCUUCUCUUACACAGAGCUCGAAGCAGCCACCAACAUCUUCGAUCCUUCUAGAGAGCUCGGUGAUGGAGGUUUCGGGACAGUAUACUAUGGGAAGCUACAAGAUGGGAGGGAAGUCGCGAUAAAGCGCCUCUACGAGCAGAACUGCAGAAGAAUGGAGCAGUUCAUGAACGAGAUCGAAAUUCUUACGAGUUUAAGGCACCCGAAUCUUGUCUGUCUGUAUGGCUGCACUUCUAGGAGAAGCCGGGAGCUUCUGCUCGUGUACGAGUACGUCUCCAACGGCACUGUGGCUGAUCAUCUGCACGGCCAGAAAGCCGACGUAGCGCCCCUCCCAUGGCCUACUCGGAUGAGGAUUGCCGUUGAAACUGCAACCGCGUUGGCUUAUCUCCACAAGUCGGACAUAAUCCACCGCGAUGUCAAGACAGACAACAUAUUACUCGAUGAAAACUAUCACGUCAAAGUGGCUGAUUUUGGGCUGUCGAGGCUGUUCCCGAACAAUGCGAGUCAUAUCUCAACUGUCCCCGGAGGGACCCCAGGGUACAUCGACCCCGAGUACCAUAUGUGCUACCAAGUGACAGAUAAGAGCGACGUCUACAGCUUCGGUGUUGUCCUCGCUGAGCUCAUUUCGUCAAUGCCAGCUGUGGAUAUAGGCAGGCGGACAGAUGAGAUCAACUUGGCCAACUUGGCGCUGACGAGGAUACAGAGGGGUGCGUUUCAUGAGCUGGCCGAUCCGUCUCUCGGGUAUAACCUCAAUGCUGAAGUCACCGAGAUGGUUACCUCAGUCGCGGAGAUAGCGUUCCAGUGCCUGCAGCUCGAGAAGGAGAUGAGGCCAUCCAUGGCUGAGGUGUUGGCUCUUCUCAAAGAUAUAUCUAACUGAAAAAGGUUAUGUUAGAGAAAGAGAUUACUUUUGCAGGAAAUGGUUUAUAGUACUUCAUAGUGUGAGAAGAAUAGCUUAGGAGACUAGGAAAAAUUUAUGUUCUUGUAAAGAGAUUUUUGUAUAUUAAUGAACUUCUGCAAAAA